AUGGCAGUUCCAACACCAAGUGAGGUAACUUAUCUCAAUCGAUUAGGUUCCGUCCACCUCGGUACGAAUAAUGCCCCCCGCAGCAGUUCACUGCUUCUACCCCCCUCAUUGUCGCCACGCGAUUCGCUUCCUUAUUCGAAUACUUCGAAGCAGCCCCCAAGAAGACCAUCGCUAUGGCUUACCAAACGCUACUUCAACAUCCUUGCUGUCUUCGCUCUGUUUCUAUCGGUUCUUUUUCUCUUGUCCUUCUUGAUUCCCUCCACGAAGCUCAGGCCCUGGAAGAAUGCCUACCUCUCUUCGGGGAAAUAUCUAGGUGUUUACAACCCUGAAGACCAGGAAAGCGCUGCACAAGACCACACUCUCGAUUUUUAUGCUGAGUACUAUGACGACCCACUGAACCCGCCGCUGUACUCUGAUUACCACCAACGAGAGCUUCAACUUCCGCAGCACAACCUUAGCCUGCCUUUCCCAGAAGGUCGACAUGGUAAAUAUUUUUGGGUCGGAAAUCAUGCACGAUCGUCGGGCUGGGGAAACGUCAUGCAAGAAUUGCUGCUCAUUCACUACUUGACCUAUCGGUCUGGCAGGACUCUUGUGUUCGACAAUUAUACCUGGAACGAGGACGGUUCUGACUAUAGUGACUACAACGGGAAGCUUAUUCCUUCUCGUAUACCUCUUACCGCCCUGAUCCAAGGGCCGACCGUAGGAGCGCCGUAUAUUACUGAGGCAGGACUUCCACGGUCUGUGAAGAAAGAAUUUUGGGACCAAGUGUGCCCCAGCCCGGUGACGAUGAUGAACGAGGAUCUCAGAGACAAGAUCGAGGGUGGACUCUCCGCUAAAAAGAUGGUGGACAAGUGGGCGGAAGUACUUACCGCCACUGACGAGCCAUGUAUCCAGAUCCCCAGGCACUCGUGGUCGAUCUUCGACAUAUAUACAUUUGGAGAUCCCAACCUUCUGCUCGAUGUCUGGCCGGAAUUCUCCAAGUCUCCAAUUCUGACGGAAUUCGGUUGGUCCCCCCUCGUGGAACGGGCCUUCGACGUGAACCGUUUGGUAUUUGCUCCAUUCAACCGGAAGGCGCCCUACCUUACCGGUGCGCCAUUCACGACGAGCGCCGAAAGGUACGCGCCACUUCCGGGGCUGCUCGCGCUGCAUAUCCGGCGGGGCGACUUCAAACAACAUUGCCACGACCUCGCGGAGUGGCGGUCAUCUUACACGGGAUACAACUCGUUCCCCGACCUUCCAGACAAAUUCGUGGUGCCCACAGACCCGACUACAGAGGCCCGACUGCCGCUCUACCUUCAGAACUGCUACCCCACGAUCCGCGAGAUCGUCCAGCGCGUGCAGGAGGUGCGAGCGACGCCGGCGGGGCGUGGUCUGAUGUACAUAUACAUCAUGACGAACGGAGACACCGCGUGGGUGGACCAGCUCAAGCGCGCGCUGCGCGCAACGGGCGUUUGGGCGAACAUCGCGAGCAGCAGGGACCUUGUCGUGAACCACGAAGAGCGGUAUGUAAAACAUGCAGUGGAUAUGCUCAUUGGGCAACGUGCACAAGUCUUCGUAGGUAAUGGAUUUUCGAGCAUGAGUGGGCUAAUUGUCAUGCUCCGCAUGGCUAACGGAUUAUCUGCGGAUAGCAAUCGGUUCUGGCAGACUGUGACAGAGACUAUAGGCUGA